CGCUGUAGCGCCACUACGGGGAGUGUGCUAUUUUGACAUUGUUUGAUUUUGCAUGUGGAGUUUUUAGCUCGCUAACUUUUCGGCUCUAGUGUUUUGUAUUAAAAUAAGUUAGGAAAUGUUGUGUCGCGGUGUCAUGAGGGCUGUUCGUCCUUCUGCUGUAGGCUUGUUGUCCAGUCUUACGCUGAAGGAGAGCAGGGUGUGUCACAGGACACCAGUCAGCGUCUGCCACUACAGCAGCAGCGAAGAGGAGAAAAUCAGCCGCUAUCCUGUGCCUUACAAGAAAAACCUGCCCUAUGACAUUGUGGAGCUGAUGGAGGAGGUUGAGAUGAAGGGUGGCUUCCUGCCAAACGUGUUCAAGGUCCUUGCUCAUCGACCCGCCGAGUUCCGAGCUUUCUUUGCUUAUUAUAAUUUGCUCAUGAACAAAGAGACUGGAGGUUUGUCAAAGGCAGAUCGGGAGUUGAUUGUGGUGGCAACCAGCGCCCAUAAUAACUGCCUGUACUGCGUCGUAUCGCACAGCGCACUACACCGUAUCUACUCUAAGAAGCCCACGCUAGCGGAUCAGGUGGCAGUGAAUUAUAAAGUCGCAGAGCUUACUGCCCGGGAGCGAGCCAUGCUGGACUUUGCCCUGACUGUGUGUCGCAGUGACACAGUGACAGACGAGCACUUCAGCUCACUAGAGGCUCACGGAUUUGAUCGCGAGGAUAUCUGGGACAUCGCUGCCAUCGCCGCCUUCUUUGCCCUGUCCAACCGCAUGGCCCACCUCACAGACAUGAGACCCAACACAGAGUUCUACAACAUGGGCAGAGUGCCUCGAGACAAACGUCCACCAGGCACGGAGAACGACAGGCCAGAGUAGUGUGGGGAGAUGGGAAUAAAAUAUCAUCCUCACCAUAUCUGAAGAGAUUUUCAUGAUAAACGAUAUGUCACGUUAUUUAGGUUUGUUAAGGAAUUGUGAGCCAAACCAGCAGUGUCACAUUAAAAGGGGUUGAAUGUUAUUUUUACUGAACUGCUAACUUAUUCAACCAAUAAAAUGCAUCACGUAGUAGUACUUUUGAUAAAAUCUUAAAAUGAAGGUGGUUUUUAGGUGGAGUUGGUCAAUGUUAUAAAAGCAUCAAUAAUGCGUCAAUGUAUUAUAAUAUUAGUUUAUUGUGGUAUCUAAACUAAUAAUAUUAAAACAUUACCCGAGAGCAGAGGUUCUCACCUGAAUCUAGGCCAAAUCCUUUUCUAUCUAAUUGCUCAUCCGCCAGUUUAUCUGCCAGUUGGUGCAACCAGAUAAAUGCGUAUUGUGGAUUUGACAACUCCAACCCUAAAAAAAAAGAGCUGUGAAAUGAGUGUCCAUAAUCCGAAGGGACUCAUUAUCUUGUAUCCGGUCGUAGAAGGUUUUACUCUAAAAAGGGGAUAUUUUUCAGCCUGUCAAAAUCUUAAGCCCUAUUCAGACAGGAUUAGUUUUACAUGGGCAGGUGGGGGUUAUGUAAUCACUACUGGUGUAUCUCUGGAAUCAGAAUCCAUCACUGAGCCUCUAGAUUAUCAAUCUUUUAGUAAAGUUUUGUGAAUAGUUGCAUAAGCCAAACUGAACAAAAAUGUCCCACCAGAUUUACAAAACUUUCUGAACCAUUGAUUUUCUUUCUAAUUGCGUGUGUAUGUUGAUCACCCAUCAAGUAUAAAACAUGUUCCAGACACAGCUCAUUUGCAUUUAGUGACGCCCACAAAACUCCAUAAAAGGUCAAUUGCACAGACAGCCGGGAGCAUGAAAUGAAGGAUAAGGGUAAAAGUGAAAGGCAGAAGUGGAAGUUACUUUGACUCAAAAUGAAUGAUCAGGGUAAAGACUGAAAGUUAUUUUGAUGCACUUCUAUGCCACUAAAAUAUCUAAUAAUAUACAAUAUUAAUAAUAAUAAGUGUGCGCUAAAUCUUCCAUCAGCCGAGGCAUUUGUUUAUGGCUUAUGGCUAUGUGCUGAUAGACCGGCCCAUACUCCAUUUAUACAGCACCAUUUCUUUUGUCGUAAUUGAAUGAUUUGUUUAGUUGUCUUAAUUUAUGAUAUAAGUUUGUGUUGGCUGGCUUUCUUUACUUUUUAUAUUCUUUAAUUAAUGCCAAUAAUGUAAAACUACUGGCUUUCAUGAAAAUUUCUCCCAUCUUUGUGAGAUCUCUUAUCCCGAGUGAAUUGAUCAUAAUUACUACAGACAUCAUCCAACAACAUUACUUAACAGAAAUACAUCUGAAAAUCUUAUCCAGUCUGAAUAGUACUUUAAACUAUCUGUCUCUCCUGCUAAUUCCUGCUAUGCAAGGGCUUCUGGGUGCUGUAGGUUUUUAUGUAAUACUGAUGCAAUCAGAUGAUACAACAGAUUUCGGGUGUCUCAAGCUAAAUCUUUAUAAUCCCCAUUGGUAAGGGAGUACAUCUUGUGUUUUUUUAUAACAUUGUUAACCCUAUGUAUUUUCUAAAAUGUGUUUCUUCUUAAACUGAGCAGAUUUGUGGAUUUAGGCAUAAAAACAUAAUCCAAAUGUUACAUUUUGUGACCUACUCUGAUAUCUAUCAAGAUGUUUUCUUGUCUAAACAACAAAAGACAUUCACAUUGACCUAUAUCCUCUCAGGAAAUAGCUCUGUAUUAUUAAGAUUGUUUUCCACAACAUAAAAUUAAUGAUCUGGCUGUAUGAAUCUAUUGAUGUUUAGAUACAGGAGAGGAUCUGAUAUGUAUUGGAUUAUACAAAUGCUUUGAAAUAUAUAUGUGAUAUCCGAAUAAAAUGUAAUAUAUUCCCAAUAUCUCUUGCACUGUUAAAAUAAUUUGAGGUGGUAGUGUAAGUAUGAUAGCAGCAGAGGGAGACACCUCCCAAUGUUAGCCUUUGAACUUUCAUACUAUACUGUAAGGGUGACUUUAAUAUUCUUCCAUUAAUGUGUGUGAAUGUACAUGAAAUGUAAGAAUACCAUUUUAGUCUAAAGUUAUUAAAAGAAAAUAAAAUUA